AGUGGGAUAGAGAUCUCAUCGUCUGUGGAAACUGACAAGUCCUCGACCUCUGACGGUUAAUAUCACCCGUCCUUUAAUCUCAACAAGCUUCCCGCCAUCUAUCCUUCUCUGAAAUGGAAUUAUAGAUAUAAGAUAGCCUCUUGGACAAGCUUGGAAGCUUCACUCAACUUCGUAUGAGCAGAAUGGUGAAUGGGAGGGAAGUCAUGGAAGAUGAGAGAAGGGUGAAGAAGAGGAAACCCCUUUCCGACUGCACCAACACCGUCAGCUCUCGGAUCUCCUCACAUUCUCACGCUAAACCCAGAAAGCACUCUCGCUCUACAAAAGCAGCCGACAACAAUUCCCUCAAGUAUGAUACCAGCACCGGAUCCAAUGCCGCCGAAAACCCUGGAAUUUCAAUUUCACCUUCUACUCCUCCUCCUCAACAAACAAGAUCUGUUAGUUCUGAAGCUAUACAUGGUAAUAAUUCCGCGAUUCUUAAGGUCUAUAGUCGAACACGGAGUGAGGAGAAAAGAAAGAAUGAAGGAAAGGCGGUUGCAGUGGGAAAAGCAUCCAGUUGCCCUCCUGUGCGAAGGAUCACGCGCAUUGGGGAUAAAACCAAUGAAGAACAUAAGAAAUUUGGCUUCUCUAAGACAUGCAGGGUUCCCCGUUCAAAAAGAAAAAAGGAGUGCUUUCCGGUGCCUGGAAAAGGUAGCAACAAGUAUGCCUUACCUCAAAAUUUUAUCGACCAACAAAGAGCAUACUUCGCAGAGGUUGAUGCGUUUGAACUGCCAGAGGAGGUUGCAACUAGCGAAUCAGAAUAGACGAAGAGACAAAGUAGGAAAUAGCUAAUAUUUUUGGUUUGUUGUAUGAUAGAUAGUCGGUGUAAAGAUUUGGUUAAAAGAAAGUGCAAUUGAGAACUUGCCAAAAGAGCCUGUUUACGCAAUGUAAUUGGACCAAUGUAGUUCUAACUUCUAACCAAUGCAGGGAGCCAUAGUUACCUGA